GUUGUGGACCAUAUAAAGGGAACACAUUGAGGGAAAGAAUGAAUAUCCAAGAAGACGAUAAGAGAAAGGGACGAUUCGGAUGGGUCAAACGGCUCAUGCAGGGCCAACAAAGGGCCAGUAAUGGGGCACAUGUACCCGUCAACGGUCAUAUAGAAAGGAAUAGUAGCCUGAGACCUGUAGAUGGAGGAGAAGGAGAUUCCACUGAUAAUGAAGGUAGAGAAAAUAUAUCAUUCAAUUCGGAUAACAUUACAACGAAUUCAUAUAAUACAGAUAACGUGAGCACGACGCCAUUAAAAUCCUUGGGGUCUACUCCUUCUACAAAAUCCCCGUCUGUUCUCAGUGACAACCACCAAGAUAAUGUGUCGUAUGUGGCAUCUACAGCAGAUACAUCGAUUGCCCCCAGCACUCUUACACAUCAUUUAAGCUAUCCAGUUGGAAGUCAAUUGAGCACCUCAAGUGCUACUACUACCACAACCGCUACUAAUCCUAAUACCAAUUCCAGUCCAAAUAACUCGAACUUACCCACUGGUGGUGUAGAUAACAGAGAUAGUGAGUCUAUUGUGACAUUGGCUAGUUCUUCGCGCAGACUUCGUAGAAGGUCAUUGGAUACGAAUUGUAGCACAGCAGGUAUUCCUCCAGCCAGUAUCAUGGAAAGGUUAUCUGUAAAUCCAACUGCAGCCAACAGUACGUAUGCUAUGAGUAUGUAUGACCGUGGAAGUGUCUACAACAAUGAUGCAGGAAACAGUAUAGCUGAUUCUCAAGAGGCACAAGAGGAUGACAGAGAAAUUGAAGGGAAACAGUAACUCCCCCAUUAUCCAUAGAACGAGAAUUAUAAGGAAUGGAAAUCAGAAAAAAAAACAAAAGGCAUGAAUAAGAAGACUAGCAAUGUGAAUUUUGGUAUCGAACAGGCUAUGAAUGUAUCAAAUAUAACAAACAAAUAACACAAUGAAAACAAAGUCGAAGCAAGCACAGAAAGACACCACGUCAAUAUAUACAUUUAACCCAAUAUCGCUUUAUAUUUCUUGAACUUCCUAGUUAUGAAGGCGCUCUUCAACUUGUCAGUAUGGGGAGAGCGCUAAAAUGUUGACGUGCUAACAAAAAGAAAAUACAAGGAAAGAAAAAAGUAAAAAAAAAAAAGAAAUUACAUCACUGACAAACAUAAGGGAAACUUCAACAAUAUCCAUGACUAGUUACUUACCGUUAAUACUUUAUUAUGGCAUAAAACUAACAAUUUUUUUUUUCUAUGACCUUCAUGAAUCAAUUGUAAAGUGUAGAUCACCUGACUAGGUGAGGGGGUCUAUUUUUGGC